UCCCCAAAUUCAUUCGGAAACACUAAUUUCCCCAAUUCACAAACCCUAACCCCUUACCCCCUUUCUCCCAAAACGCAGACACACACACAGAGAGGAGAGGAGAGCGUUUGAGGGAGCUGAGAGGAAGAGAGGGGACUACACCACAUCGUCGUCCAGCCACCGUCCAUCUCGCCAUCACCGGCGUCUCACUGCUGUCGCUGUGGAGCCCGAACACCUUCGAGUUUCCUGCUGCCACCUUGGAGCCGUCGUCAUCAAGAGCGUCAGGAGAAAGAGAGAGGGACGAACUCGCGACGGAGAGGGAGGAAGUUGCGCCGCGCAGCCGUGGAGCCCGUCACACGUGUCACCACCGUCGGAAGUAGAACCACGAAGAGGAGAGGAAGAACGACGUUGGGAGGAAACUGUGAGCUGCAAGCCGCUGACCGAGAAGAAGCUCUGCCUUUGUCACCGUGUUGGAGUCGUCGCUGCCAACGCCGCGCACCGCCGUUAGCGCUGCCGUUGAAGGGAGCUCGCCGUCACAGUUCAAUCAUCAUUGAGCUUGAAGGGAGGCGCCACUGAAAUACCCGACGGCAGCUUCCCCUGCGUUCCCAAUUCCAUUCUUGAAACUUCGACCCCGUCGUUCAUGCCCCUUCGCUGCACCUGUUUCUCUACUGCUAUUAUUUGGAGUACCGGCGUUGAUGCUAUUAUGAAUCUGUUAGAGUUGCUAUUGGGCUGCGAUUUCUCUUAAUUUCCACCCAAUUUGAAUCCUUUGCUUGGUUACAACCCCGAUCACUGCUGUGAUGAUUAACAAUGCUGCUAUUCUGGUUACUGCCUCUGCCGUUCCAGUUGCGUGAGAGUCACUGCUGUUGCCAUGAAACUAAAAGGGAAGGAAGUUGUUACGUUAAGUAUGCGAUUGCGACAUCGAGGAUUGGAUUGGGAUUGAUUACCGGUAGGCAUAGAAUGGAGAAGGGCUUAAGUAGCAUCACCACCAGCAGUAGCAAGGAAGGGUUACCUCUCACCCCUCAUUCCAACUUCAAAACUGCUUCCACCGACGAUGACCUCGCUCACAUCCUCUUCAACAUCAAAUCCUCCAAAACUUCCGCUGUUAUCAAUUAUGGCGCCUCUUGGUGCCGCGUGUGCAGUGAAAUCCUCCCUGCAUUCCAUAGAUUGAGCAAUAAUUUUCCAAAGCUCUCCUUCGUCUAUGCAGAUAUUGAUGAAUGCCCAGAAACAACUCAACACAUUCGAUACACCCCUACUUUUCAAUUUUUUCGAGAUGGUGAAAAGGUAGAUGAAAUGUAUGGUGCUGGAGAAGAGAGGCUGCGUGAUCGCGUCUGGUUGCACUCUUGAGUACACUAUACAAUGUCAUUUUUAUUGUCAGAGUUAGGUGACAUGCUUGCAAUUUUCCAGUAGAUGUAACAUUGUGAAUCAUGAACAAUUCAGUGAAUAUUCAGGCAAACCCAGUAUCCAAUGUUUCCAUUUGAAA